AAAUGUGCAAUGACUAAUACUAUCUGACAACGAAACAUCACCGACUGGAUAGCUUUAUGUAUGUCAAAACGAUGUACUAUAGCCCAGACUUGACUCAAGUAGUAACAGAUGAGGUAGGAAAAUACCGUAGGAAAAUACCAUGCGGUACAGGUCUGGCAUUCAACGCUUGUCGGCGUUUUCUUCAGUCCCGCAUCGGGCUACGCACACACUCACGCCCUCCCUCGCACGCUCGUAUACAUGCACGCUCGUACAUCUUUAAAAAAGAAAAAAAAAUCCCCUCCCAGUGAGCGUGUAUAGGCGUGCAUGUCUGUGUACACGGUGAAACAGCUUACCUUAAGUUUUAGUGGAACGUCUGCAAGCGUUUCCAGGCUUGGACUGUGAUUCUGUUUUUUUAUAGAAAUUUUGGACUCAUUUUCUUUGCGUAUACGUCAUGAAGACCUGUUGCUCUUCUGCUGGUUUUUUUUAAUUAGAACAUGACACAACAAAUCAUAUGACCUUUUCUUUUUAGAACUGUGUAUUUUUUUUUUAUGACAACUAUAUAAUUAGAAGUUUAUUUGACAGCUUCUAUGACUCGUUUAAAAAUAUUCAAAUGCAAAGAGUCAAAAAGUUGUUUUAAUACAUGUUGUCGCUUUGAACACUUUAGUUUGUGAACAUGUGUAUGUUAUUUACCACCACACAUAACGAAUAGAAAUGUCUUAAUUGUUAAUAGUUUCAUUUAAAACGCUACAAGCUUUAAACUGUGUAGUGUAAAAACCAAAGUAGAUAUUAAAAAGAUUUAAAAAAAAAAGACAUUCGUUAUUUAUGAACGUGAAGUGACACUUUAUUGCAAUCACAGCUGGGGAGGGGGUUUGUGUAAAUGUUAGAUUUAAAUGUUGCUUUUAUUUCUGAGAUGCCAAGCCUGGAGUAAAUUUAACUACGAGGAAAUGUAACUAAGAUGAGACUUCUACAGAGGGCUAAUGGUGCCACAGCCAGCACGAUCAUGAGGAUCCCUAUACGUCUGCUAAUUGCCAUUCCCACCGUCAUUGGAGCCCUGGCCCCCAUUCUGCUACUGCUCACUAACUACUGGCCCAGCACACGGCAUCACACAGACUCUAGGCUCCUGGUGACCUCAUUCUCAGAUGGUAAUCGUGUUGGACUACAGACGGGCGAUGCAGAUGUCAAGGUCACGUCUGCACCAGUUAGUCCUGAAUGGUGGAGGAAUCACUUGAAGAUAAAUUGCCGCAAACUUGGUUACAAUGGAAAUCGAAAUUUCUCCAAGACAUUGCUGCAGAAUAUCAUUGUGGAUGACAGACAUAAAGCGAUGUAUUGUCUUAUCCCCAAGGUGGCAUCAACAACAUGGAGACGUAUCUUCCUCCUGUUAUCCGGCUACGCCUCUGUUGAAAAUAUAACUUCAAUACUACCUAAUGAGAUAUACGACAAGUCCAACAAAUAUCUCAAACGUCUCAGUGUCUACACCAAAGAAGAGAUCGAGUAUCGUGUGGACAAUUAUUUCAAGUUUGUCUUCGUCAGAGAGCCCUACGAACGGCUUCUCUCCGCCUUUAGGAACAAAUUUCUGGUCAACACAAACUCGUCCAGCUACUUUAAAGGUAGAUUCGGGAAAAAAAUCAUCAAAAAUUACAGAUUCGAACCUGAAUCUGAUCCCGAUGGAAAUGGUGUAAAGUUCUCAGAGUUUGUGGAUUAUCUUCUAGAUAAGAAAAGAAAAAUUGCUAUGAAUGAACACUGGGAAACAUUUUAUAAAAUGUGUGCGCCCUGCAAGAUAAAAUAUGAUUUUGUUGGUAAGAUGGAGUCAAUGUUGUCCGACACCGACUUUGUUUUAAGUCAAAUUUCACCAGAAAUAAAAUUUCAUCUUCCAAGCAGAACAGAGUUGAGAUAUUCUCACAAUAAGACAAGUGAUUUUAUGAAAGAUUUUUAUAGACAGCUAUCUAGACAUUCUAUUUUCAAGCUAUAUCAAAUGUACAGAAACGACUUUUUGCUUUUUAAUUAUUCAAUUCCUCUAGAAAUUUUAAAUAUUUUAUCAGAGAAUAGUACACAUAGCCUGGAGAAAAUUAUAUCAAAAAAUGAAAUUAUUGAUUAUGUGUAAAUAUAAAUUAGCCCUCUGUGAAUAUUAUGAUUGGUAUUUGAAUACGAAUCGAAUCAAAUUUAAGACUCGAACCAUUUUGAACAUAGACGCAGUUCACGAAAAUGUUUUAGCGGCCAUACAGGCUACACACUUUUGGGGGAAGAAAAUCUAACUAUCUGUUGUAGACUUCACAGGUAAUGUUUAAUUGGAACUUUGGUAUGAUGGUAUAUUUGGUCUGUUUAUAAUGAAUGUAUUGUUAUUUUUGAAGCACUAGUGGCACUGUGGAUGAGACAUUUUCUGAAGGAAAAUUCAGCUUAGUAUUAUUAAUAUUACUUCAAAAAUUUUUGAUAACGAUCUCGACGAUCGUCUUUGUACCUUCCACGUGGGCUCGUCUAUCGAUCUGAAAUUGCCUGACGGAGAUCAUCUUCCAGGCAGUGUUACUCCAACAAAAUAACAAGCUUUGAUUUUAAUCUUACGUUGGGGAGGUUUGUAAUAAAUUUGAAGGAUUUAAAGUUAAGAAUUUCAUUUCAUUUCUUUUUAAUUUGUAAAGAAAAUGUACUAAAAUAAUUGAAUAUAUCAAAUUUAUUUUUUUUAAAAGUUAUUUUUCUUAUUCUUAUUCGAAAAUAAAAAAACGGCAUGAAGUACAAAAACAAUAUUUGUAAAGAGCUAGUAUCAUUUUUUGUUCAUUAGCAGAUUUGUAUUUGUAAAUAGAGCUAGAGAGUUAGAGUUAGAGAGUAAUUGAGUAACAGAGAGAGUGAGAGAGAGAGAGAGUGAGAGAGAGAGAGAGUGAGAGAGAGUGAGAGAGAGAGAGAGAGUGAGAGAGAGAGAGAGUGAGAGAGGGAGCGUGAGAGAGAGUGAGAGAGAGAGUGAGAGAGAGAGAGAGUGAGAGAGAGUGAGAGAGAGAGAGAGAGUGAGAGAGAGAGAAAGUGAGAGAGGGAGCGUGAGAGAGAGUGAGAGAGAGAGAGUGAGAGAGAGAGAGAGAGAUGACAGUCAGACAGAAAGAAAUAAAAAAAAAUAAUGAAAAUGAGAUCGCAAGAAUGACAGAAAAUAUACUAUCAGGAGAGAAUGAGAGAAAGUGAGAGAGAGAAUGGAGAAAAAAGCUAAAAUAUUUUACAAGAGAUUUUAAUUAUUUGAUUUAAUUUGUAUACAUUUUACAUCUAAGGAUUUUUUAAUCAUCCCAUAUUUUCCGGUCAAUAAAAAAAAAAAAGAAGUCUUGACUUUAUCU